CAUCCCCUUUUCCACAACCAUGGCACGAGGAUUGAAGAAACACUUGAAGAGGCUCAAUGCCCCGCGGCACUGGAUGCUCGACAAGCUCGGGGGAGCCUUCGCCCCGAAGCCGUCCCCCGGGCCGCACAAGGAGCGCGAGUGCCUGCCGCUGGCGGUGAUUCUGCGCAACCGGCUCAAGUACGCGCUGACGUACCGCGAGGUGAACGCCAUCGUCAUGCAGCGCCUCAUCGCCGUCGACGCCAAGAUCCGCACCGACAAAACCUUCCCCGCCGGAUUCAUGGACGUGAUAUCGAUCGCGAAGACGGACGAGAACUUCCGUCUGCUGUACGACACCAAGGGCCGCUUCACGCUGCACCGCAUCACGCCCGACGAGGCCAAGUACAAGUUGUGCCGCGUGCGCGCGCAGCGCGUGGGCGACCGCGGCAUCCCGUACAUCGUGACGAACGACGGGCGCACGAUCCGGUACCCCGACCCGGUGAUCAAGGUGAACGACACGGUUAAGAUCGACCUGGAAACCGGCAAGGUCGUCGAGCACAUCCGCUUCGACAUCGGCAACAUCUGCAUGGUCACCGGCGGGCGCAACAGGGGGCGCGUGGGCGUGAUGGAGCACCGGGAGCGGCACAAGGGCAGCUUUGACAUCUGCCACGUGAAGGACGCGGCGGGCCACCAGUUCGCCACGCGCCUCACCAACGUCUUCCUGGUGGGGCAGGGCGCCAAGCCCUGGGUCUCGCUGCCCAAGGGCCGCGGAAUCAAGCUCUCCAUCGUCGACGAAAUGCGCAAGGCGCGCGCCGCCGCCAAGACUGCUGCUUGAACCAUGUGCGCGCUCGUGCGGGAGACUUUCCUGCCGCCAUGCGAGGUAACUUUUCGGCAUGGCUCACUUCAGGAACUUGCGUCUAAAUUCCGCCCAUUUUUUUCUCCUGAGUGGCAUUUCUGUGGCCUAAUGUCUGAGUCAGGAUCAGUCCAAUACUGACUUUCGCUGUGGAGCUGAAACUUAGGCUGAUUGUAUGUAUUGGUAGUCUGAUUGAACAUGCAACAAAAGCCUGCCAUAAUGUACCGGCAAGGUGUGUAGUGGACAUGCUGAGCGAUAUAUGUAAAGAGGAGUACACAAUCAAGGUCCUAGCAAGUGAGUCCAC